AUGUUGACAUCAGAGACACUGGUCAUUAGAAGACCCCCUAAGCGGUUUACGGUUGGUUCGCCUAGGAGUCGUUUCGCCAACUUCUGAAGUCGUUUCGCAUAUGUGUUGGGGCAGUUCCUUAACGGCUUUCUCCUGAUCAGUGGCUGAAAAAACGAAGUAUAUACUUGCGUAUAGCACUUUUUUGUAUCAUGGCUGAGAGAACGAAGCAUAUACAUGCGCAGCGCUCGUUUCGCUUCUUAGCGGAACGUCAUGAGACAUUCGCGAAUGGGACGUUAGCGAAACGACUCGUGACACGUAGGCGAAACAACCGGUCACCCUCUAAGCUACGGCUCAAGCCACAUGCAAAUGCUAAAUAUUUGUUAACUUUACUACAAGUGCAAUCAUUGAGACGUCGUACUUCUUCCCUCAUUAGAGACCUUUAGAUUCAAGGACGAGAACGACUACGAGUACGAGAUUUGACUUCAAGCUUUUUCGCGUAUUCUCAAAAUAUAGACUCCCCGGAAGCUUCAUUUUACCAUUUUUCACUAGAAAAGUUAGCACUGUUACCUUUAGUGGAGGAGGUUGCACCCUCUCCUGAUUGCAAAAUGAUAAAACUUCUAACAUUUGAUAACUUGUUUCCGCAACUUCGACAUUCUCGCUAAAACUCGUAGUAGAGUGACGACGGCUACCACGUUUUCCCGCCAAAAUGACGCUGGUUGACGCGCAAGCACUAGUUAGUAUUGAGAAAAUCUCGUACUCGUAGUCUUACUCGUCUUAGAAUCUAAAGUUCUCUAAUUUGUAUUCAAAAUGUGGUAUCUGCUACAGAGAAUUGAGGUUUUAACAGUAGGGAUUAAAAGGUUUAUUAAUUGUAUUUAUCUUGUAGAAUCUGAUGUUGAUUCAGCGGAUUCCCUGAGGUUAGAGAAUGAAAAACUGCGAACGCAGGUUGAGAGUUUGAAGGCAAUUGCAGAAGAAAACACGUCUGAUGUGGUCCAUGCAGAGUUAUCAGUACCAGGCAGAGGAGAUUAGACAGCAGUACAACAACAUGAUAGCAGCUAAAGAUUAUGAGGUAGUUAUACGCAUAGCCUGUGUGAAAAUACUUAUUCUUUAAAGGGUCGUAACCUAUUAGAGGGCUUUAGAUUCGAGGACGAGGACUACAUUUAAUUUUUCUCGCCUAUUCUCUAAAAUAGACACCCCGGAAAGCUUUAUUGUACUUUUUUCACCACCAAAGUUAGCACACUUAUUUGUGUUGAAGGAGGUUAAGCCUUCUCCCGAUCGCUAAAUGAUAAAAUUUCUAACAUUUGAUAACUUGUUUUCGCCAAUACGACAUUCUCCCUAAAACUCGUAGUAGACUGACGACGGCUAACACAUUUUUCCGCCAAAAUGACGUUGGUUCGCACGCGCGCACUACUUAGUCGUUCCCGUAGUCGUCCUCGUCUUAGAAUGUAAAGCUCUUUAUUCAUUCUUUGCUAAAAAAAACUAUGGCACUCUGCGAGGAGAGCCUCCUUUUGGUGUCUUGUCAUGUUGCCCGAAAGUCAUUUCGCCCGAAGUUAUGUCGCCCGAAACCAGAGUUAAGAGCGGAUGUCAGUAAAUAUCGACCAGAGGUCUACAAAACUGAAAAAUCGAAAAUUCUCAAAAAAAUUCACAAAGUAGCACUAGGUAAGCUAUUAACAUAAAUGUAAUUUUUACUUCGAUCCGAUAAUUAUUUUCCACGUACAGGGGGGUUAUUGGUUUCGCGGCUCUCGGACCGGGUUUUCCAGGCCCGAGACCAUGUGUCACAAAAAAAUCGUUUUAAAAUUCAAAUCCAUUGUAAUGUGGACAACAAAUAACUUAUUCAGAAGAGUACUUAAUUGCACACAUUCUAAGUGGUGAUUUACUCAGUUUGAACGAAAGUGUAAUAUUUUGGAGAUUUUUCAUUAUUUUCAAUAUUUUGAUCGUUUUCGUUCAAUGAAAAAAUGGCAAAUUUCAAAGUCCAAAAUCGUCGACUGGUACCUCGAUUUCAGUAACGAGUCUUAUACCACGUUAAAGAGCGUUAUCUCUUCUUUCAAAAUCUGUUUUAAAAACUACGGGCAACUUAAAAGAAAAUUUUUGAGGCCAAAAAAUACAAGUAGUACUUUUCUGAAAUUUGAGCUUUCCAGACUCAGCGGGCCGAUGCUAAAAACUUGGAAAAAUACAGUAAGAAAUCAGUUUGAGGAAUAGUGGUUUCAUGUUAUCAGCUUGCAGAAACCAAAACGUGUUUAUACAGCGAUCUGAUAUAAAUUAAUGCCGUUUGCUAUCAAGAAAAGCAGAUUUAAGCUGUCAACUCCUGCCAAGUGCACCAGUCACGUGAAGUUGUCAAAGGGAGGGCAAAGCACUAAUAUAAAAAGUCUUAAAAUUCAAAACGUUUUACGUCCAUGAAAUCAGAUUUUAGCGUACAAAACAAUGUUGUGAAUGUCUGUUGUUCGUACCUUAGCAUGGUGUUUCCAUAUAUUGGAACUGUCAAGUAUCCACAAGGGAGAACAUACCAAACAACAACGUUUCAAAUCCACGCGCCGAAAGAUCGUAAACGGCAAAGAUUGCGUUACAUUUCACAGAACGACCGCUUACCACUGUUGUCACUCCUUUUUUCGCUGGAUGCUACGAGGAGUUUUCAUUCCGUCAUGAGUGAUUCUUGAUCAGCGUUUCCUUGAAAGUACGACCCCGGACAGGUGAUAACUGAGGACGUUUCGUAAAGACUCCUGUUGUUCAGUUUCAGGCUUUAGCAGGUGCGUAGUCAGGAUUUUUCCGGAGCUACGCCCAACUUUUUCUACAUCUUCUUCCCCACCUUCCCCCCCACCCCAAAUCUCAACAUUUUUUUAAGGUGCGUUUAUUAAAGGUGGGGUUAACGGUUGUAAGCAAAAGCAUUUUUGCUGUUUAUGAAAUGACACAACCUCUAAAAUUCUUUAAUUCUGUCGGCUUGUUAUGUUCAUUGACGUCAACCGUUUAUCAUUAAUUCAGCUAUUAAAAAUCAAGCUUGUAGUACCUCCGACUUUAGUUUACAAAUGACUCUUUUUACCCCUUUUUGUCGCAUUAUUUUUUACCGACAAAAGCACCACACAUUGACGUAAUUGUGCCCUACUUCGUCUACUCCGAAGACAGGUCGUGGAGAAAACAACGCGUUCACGCUUUACAUCAUCAAGCUUGCUAUAUAAAUAAAUCAUCCAAGAUUCGGUUCUCCAAUUAAUGUCGUCGCUUCUCUGGAAACCGAUUUUUUUUAGUUAUGUUUAUUUCAUUCUAUUUUUUUUCCUCAAUGUUUUCGGGUAUGCACGUGCAAACCGUGCGUACAAGUAGCUACGCCCCUGUUUAGUCUCCUUAGCCAUGAGCGUUCCUCUCUUGCGGUUUUCGCGGGAGUUCAGGAUGUGGUCCACCCAGUAUUUCACGUCUCUUUUAAAUGAGAGGCAGCACUUCUUGUUUACCGUUUCGUUAUCAGACAGCGCUUAGGCUCUUAGCCUUUCAGUUAAUUUUGAUCAAAUCUUUAUCAUUUAGUUACUCAGUAUACGUUCGAUCCUGUCCUUGUAAACUUAUACUUUUAUGCUUUAGGGGAGCUUAAUUCCUAUAUUAAUUUUUUCUUCGUUUAGUGUCGACCAAAAGACCCAGUUUUUUGGCGUUUUUUAAGAAAGCAAGAAAAAGAAACGACAAGGUUUAUUUUUUUUGGACUUAGAUUAAUUCUUUUAAUCUAAAAAGUUAGCAUUAUAACAUUAUUUCGAGGCAUAAAACGUUCGGUGGUGUAUCCUCUCUGCGUUUUACCAUUCUUGGGCCUUUUUUUAUGAAAUUGACCCUCAAAUUUUCCGCCAUAUUAAAUUUGUGUCGAUUUGGUGACCAUGUCUUGUUGUUUUCAGUCUCCACGGCAAUGAUGCUGGUGUUUCAGGCCUCCCGUUCUCAGAUUUCUUGUGUUUUUUUUUUCACCCCACCGACCGACCCACCCAAAACCAGGAAACCUAUUCGACGCUAAACGAACGAAAAGGGGAUGACCUAAGCCUUAUGGUUUCUUUUUGGGCUUCCUCACCACAUUGCUUCUGCGUGUUUCUGUAUACUUGUCUUUUGCUUUGUUUUGUUCUUUUUUGUCGGUAAAAUAAACUGAAACUGUACAAAGACCCUCAAUAUUCCCUUUGGAGGUUCUCGAACGCGCAUAAAAAAAAUGAAAAACGCGAUGAUUUAUUGACCGCAAGGGCAAUGGGGUGGGGUUAGGGCUCGUUACUGCGCUCCAGUUCACUCGUACGCUGUCAAACGCUCCCGAAAUACAAAAUGAAAAAUGACUGUGGACAGACUAUUCACGUCUAGACAAGAUGGGACUUAUCGCCUCUCCCUUUCAUGGAGUUGACUCAAGGUGUUGACGUUAAUUUCGUGAUUCCCUGCAUGUUGCCAGGACAUGUUUCAAAAGGGCCUUUCCAAAGGUACGGAGUCCGCCGUCACCUUGUCAACCGUGCGAGAAAUGAUGUACUUCACAAAAACAAAGAGAAGUUGUUUUCGAUUUGGCCCGCCCCCUACCCCCGAAAGUCCCCGACAGGACCGCUUCAAAGUACUCCCCAUGUGGUUGCGCGGGGGAUAGUAACAGGUCUACCUAGUUGCACCGUGCAUCAAUGACAGUUUAGCUCAAUCAGAAGCCCCUUUUCCCUGGCUAGUUCAAGGUGUGUGCACCUCCUUUAAGCUGUUGUUUUCGGUUCUUACUGAAAUUUUUGAUCUUGAGGAAAUUCACAACGACAGGAGCAGGUUAUGGGCUUUUUUCCUAGCCCUAAUCCUACAUCACGAGAAAUCCCUCAGGUUAGGCAAGAAUUCGAUAAUCCUUCCAUAAUCAUCCAUUUUUUCACCGCGUGAAUUGGGUAUUUUUAGCUUAUUUCGAGGAAAUACUUUUUGCUUCAAAUCCAGGGUGGGCUUUUAAACACAUUUUUUAAGCCAAAUGGUUUUUGCAAGAAUCUGCUUACCCGAACUUUUCGCAUAAAAAACGACAAAUACCCGAAAAAAAGCUCAUGUUGUUGUUGGUGGUGGCAUAUUUCCGAUAAAUUCAG